UGGAUAGAUCUCCAAAGCAUUGUUGCCUAAACUCAUCCUUCUCGGCUCCCUUGAUCAUCUCCAAAAAGACAAUCAUGUGUCCGAGGGACGCUGGUGCAGACACAAAGUCGGCUCCGCAGUCAGGGCAACCGUUUCACGCCCCACCACCUCCUUCAGCGCCAGGAUUUGUGGUUGUUGCUCCUCCUACCCCGAGCCAAGUGCCUAAGGGAUGGACCACGGGCCUCUGUGAUUGUUUCGACGAUCCAUCCAACUGCUGCAUCACCUUCUUCUGCCCCUGCGUCACUUUUGGCCAGACUGCGGAGGUCAUUGACAAGGGAAACACUUCCUGCUUCUGUGCGGGAACGAUAUGCGUGCUGUUGUGGUACUUCUUCGGGGUUUUCUGCUGCUACACAUGCACUUAUCGGACCAAGCUCCGGGGCCUCUACUCGUUGCCUGGCGACAUGUGCGACGACUGCUGCACUCACUGUUUGUGCACCUACUGCGCCCUCUGCCAGGAGUACCGUGAGCUCAAGAACCGUGACCUCGAUCCAUCCAUUGGAUGGGUUGCGAACCAGCAAAAGAUGCAACAGCCAAUCCCAGAUGUUCUGCCCCCAGCGGUUCCAAUGGGCAUGAUGCGUAAUUAAGUCUAUCAAAAGCUUCCCAGUCAGCCUUUUCAUCUAGGACGAUCAAGUUUGGAGCUAUCGUUUGUAAUCGAGUUUGCUUAUAUAUACUUUUAAUCUUAUUUUGAUCAAAUAUUGUGUACGUACUUGUUAAUGGUUUGUGAUGGUUGUUAGUUCUAUGCCCUAGAGUCGAUAUAUGUAUUUGGAGAAUUCCUAUUUAUGACAAU